AUGUCUUCCCUUUUCGAUGCCGUGAUACAGUCCGAGUUGGGCUCAGGGCCUGCUAGCGACAACCUGCGGUCUGACCACCUCCCCAGUUCUCGGCGCUCUGAGAGCAAUGGUCCCAUGAGUGAUAUGCAUGCAUUUGCCGAUGAUCAGGUCGUGUCGGGCGGAAAUUCGACCAUCAAUCGUCUGCGCAACCCUUAUACUGCUACCCCCGCACAAUUGAUCGAUGAUGCCGGAGAGAGGGUGAGGGGUGCAUUUGAAACGUUGCUAGAAGAAUACCAGGAGGAGCCUUCAUCCUCUGCGCCGGUCUCUUCGGGUGAGGUUCUGAGCACUAGAUACUACAUCGCUCAGAUCAAAGGAAUGGCCAAGUUCGAGUUGUCGACUCUCUACGUUGAUUUCACUCACCUCACAAGUUGGAGAGAUCCCAUUCUCGCCGAUGCUGUUGCCACUCAGUACUAUCGAUUCCUGCCUUUCCUCACCAAGGCGCUGCACAACCUGAUCGCCAAAUAUGCAUCGGAUUACUUCGUUUCCCACAGAUUGACCUCCAGCAGCUCGACGGAAGCCGGUAGCUCAGCAACAGCAGGUGGAAGUUCCACCGACAACCCCGAGCUUGACCGUCAUAUUCGCGAGAAAACGCGUCACCAACAAACCGAUAAGCUCUUUGCGCUCGCAUUCUACAAUCUUCCUUUGGUUUCAAGACUUCGACAACUUCGCACCAAACAGAUUGGACAGUUGCUCUCUGUUUCUGGGACUGUCACCAGGACAUCUGAAGUUCGCCCCGAGUUGUCCCUGGGAAACUUCAUCUGCGAAGGCUGCAAGACAGUGGUCCAGAAUGUUGAGCAGACCUUCAAGUACACAGAGCCAUCCGAGUGCCCCAACCAGACCUGCGGCAACCGCGUGGGAUGGCGUCUCGACAUCGGCAAGAGUACAUUCAUCGAUUGGCAAAAGGUCAAGCUCCAAGAAUCAUCACAUGAGAUCCCCACAGGUAGCAUGCCUCGUACAAUGGACGUUAUUCUGCGUGGUGAAAUGGUUGACAGGGCCAAGGCCGGUGAGCGCUGUAUCUUCACUGGUACUCUGAUUGUCGUUCCCGAUGUCAGUCAAUUGGGUCUUCCCGGUACACGACCUGAAGCUGUCCGCGAUGAUAACUCCUUCCGAGGCGGCGACGGCAGUGGUGUCACUGGCUUGAAGGUUCUGGGUGUGCGGGAUCUUUCUUACCGCAUGGCAUUCCUCUCCUGCAUGGUCACCCCAGACACGACGACCCCUGGCCAAAAGCCCGAGCAGCAGCUCAGUGGCCAGUCCAAUAACAUUCUUGCCUCCUUGAACCAGAACCAAGAUGACGAUGGCGGGGACGAUAAGGCCCAGGAGGCCUUCUUGCAGAGUCUCACCCCAGCUGAAGUUCAGGACCUGAAGCAACUGGUUCACUCCGAAUAUAUCUACUCUCGUCUCGUGGAUUCCAUCGCGCCUAUGAUCUGGGGCCACAGGCAGAUCAAGAAGGGUCUGUUGCUGCAGUUGAUUGGUGGUGUUGGAAAGUCCACAUCCGCGGAGAGCCUCAAGCUCCGUGGUGAUAUCAACAUCUGUAUUGUUGGCGACCCUUCGACCAGUAAGAGUCAGUUCUUGAAGUACAUCUGUUCUCUGCAUCCUCGUGCAGUUUACACAAGUGGUAAAGCUUCCUCUGCGGCUGGUUUGACCGCUUCUGUUGUCAAAGAUGCCGAGACAGGCGAGUUCACUAUUGAAGCUGGAGCCCUGAUGCUUGCAAAUGGUGGUGGUAUCUGUGCUAUCGACGAGUUCGAUAAGAUGGACGUCGCUGACCAAGUGGCUAUCCACGAAGCCAUGGAACAGCAGACCAUUUCCAUUGCCAAAGCCGGUAUCCACACCACUCUCAACGCUCGUGCUUCCAUUCUUGCAGCUGCCAACCCGGUAAACGGCCGCUACGACCCGAAGCAAACUCUUCGCAACAACCUGAACUUCAGCGCUCCUAUUAUGAGUCGUUUUGAUGUCUUCUUCGUCAUCCGUGAUGACCCCAAGGAGUCUGUCGACCGCUCCCUGGCUGAGCACAUUGUCAAUGUGCACAUGAACCGCGACGAGGCCGUUGAGCCGGAGUUGUCCACAGAGCAGUUGCAGCGCUACAUCCGUUUCGCUCGCACUUUCCGCCCCGUUUUCACCGACGAGGCCAAGACGCUCCUUGUCCAAAAGUACAAAGAGCUGCGUUCCAACGAUGCCCAGGGUGGCAUUGGCCGCUCUUCUUACCGUAUCACUGUUCGUCAAUUGGAGUCUUUGAUCCGCUUGUCUGAGGCUGUGGCAAAGGCCAAUUGUGUUGAGGAAAUCGUUCCCCGUUUCGUCAUUGAGGCAUACGAUCUUCUUCGCCAAAGUAUCGUAACUGUUGAGAAGGACGAUGUUGAGAUCGACGAGGAGCAGCCUGCUGCUCAACACGAGGAGGAUGAAGAGAUGGCCGACGGCGAUGCCGAGGGUGAUGAUCAAAUGCACGACGAAGACGCACCCCCCGCUCAUAGCAAGCGUGAGGGAACCAAGGUUAAGGUCACAUACGACAAGUACCAUGGCGUAUUGAACCACCUUGUCAGACGACUGAUCGAGGAUGAAAAGACGGCGGCCGAGGGUGUCGAGCAGGAAGAUCUUGUUCUGUGGUAUCUUGAGCAGAUCGAAGGCGAGCUGGACAGCGAAGAAGAUCUCGCCCGUGAACGCAAGCUUGCGAAGAUGGUAUUGAAAACUAUGGUCAAGGAUAACAUCGUGCUCCGCAUCUCCGGGACUGGCCUCACUGAAGGACCUGAUGAUGUGCAGGAAGACAGCAGAAUCCUCUACGUCCUGCACCCCAACUGCAAUAUCGAUGAUAUGUAA